GCCAAAGUUUAUCAGAGCCGACGCAACGAGCGAUUCUAUAAAUAGUUGGCCUGGCAUCGCGCAGUAUAAGUCGACCUUGUCCUUUCGCUUAUAUAAAACCUUCGGCCGCGAAUUGCAGCUUCAUUUGAUCCCGGUCUGUCAGUAGGCGCGUAUAGACUCCCUCGCACUAAUCCGAACGACAAAUAAGAGACGAGGAAUUAGGUGAGCAGUUACAAAAACGGAUUCACCACGCGCUUUUUCAUCCGUCAACAGUGAGUUUAACACGGUUCGGAUUAUCCCUGCGGUAUUGAAAAAGGAAAAAAGUGAGCACUACUUCGGAACUGUGGACCUUGGCCAAAAUACAUUUGUUAUACAAGAUGGCCUGUUAUUCAUCAACGACAAAAAAAAACACCUUCCCUUGGAUUUAAUCGGCGAGUUUAACGAAACUCUCUCGGAUCUGCAGGGCGGGGUGUCGGAUGUGCGCCGUUCCUUAUUCUUAACGAAUUUUCCGACAUCGAUCACCUGUGGGCGGCACGCCGUUGAACACGAUCAAGGUCCACGCAUCCAGAAAGAUUGAGCUUCCGCGUGAAGAAUAAUGAGAAGAACAUGAAUUCCUUGCAAUGCAUCGCAGUGUGGAACCAGCGGGAAAUCGAUUAGCAUAAGUGACGAUUUAAAGGCGUGUAUACGAUAACCCAGCGACGUUUUAAACUACCCAGCGUGACGCGUGGGUGGAUCAAUUGAAUUGUAAAACGUACCCGUGGGUGAUAUAACCUUGACGAAUUUAUGGAGACGAUGAAAAAGUGGUGUAGUUGAAAAAGCCGUCCAACAGUUUCAAGGAAUAACAAGUCGAAGCACAAGUGUUGGCAGAUAAGCAAACAACGUAUGCUUGAUUGACUUUCCGCGUAUAUCUCGUCUCUUCGCGUAAGGUAAAUCCCACUAUCGCAUGGAUCUGGACUACCACAUUGUUGGGGAAUUCUAAAGCUGUUGACGUGAUUGAAUCUGACCGUUUGAGAUGACGUCGAAGAUGACGAAGAGUCACGUUUUCACCUCAUUUGUCCUCGCGUUCUUGGCGACGGUCUCCUCAGCCAACGCUGACGGCGGUAAAUGCGAAAUGCUACUGCCCCAGGAUGGCAGAUCUAUCGUGUAUUCGUGCGUCGAGGCGACCCUUGAUCACCUCCAGAGUAUUCCGAGUGAGGCCGAGUGGAUACAAUUCUCAGUUUCGAAAUUACCAAACAUUCCGAAAGGGGCGUUUUCCAGGUUCAACCUGCGCAGAUUAUCCUUCUACAACUGCGACGUGAGGCACAUCGAUCCAGAGGCCUUCGAAGGCCUCGUCAACCUCAGAUGGCUGACCUUCUAUGGAUUGACCGUAAAUGUUAUCAGAGCGUCCUGGUUCAAAGGCUUGACGAGCCUCACCCACCUUUCGAUGGAGAACAACCAAAUCAUGUACAUCGAGCCAACCGUAUUCCUGCGCAUUCCCAAUCUCGAAUAUUUGAACAUUGAGAACAACGAGUUGAGCUGUUUACCGUACCACGCCCUGACGCCGUUGAGGAAACUCAGAAACAUGCGAACCCGUAAGAACCCAUGGCUUUGUCAUUGCUACAUGGAGCUCGUAGUUUGGAUGGCGAAUCGUCAGAUAAACAUGGGAGCAAAAGAUGCGCUGUCGAAAUUCAAAUAUGAGUGCAUGGAAGAUUUUGGCCCCAGAUCAAGCAUCUCGGAAUUACACACGUACAAAUGGACCGCAUUGAGCAGCGAGGAGUACCAAAAAAUGUACAAAAAUGCAUCGUCAUCGCAAACGGAGUAUGUUUCAUUGAGCUCAACGGAGUUAUCCAGGAUCCCAGAUAACACGGAAUCGAUAAAUUUUGAAAGAACUAAGAUAAGAAUGAUAGAAGACUUCGCCUUCUUCCGAUUUGGGAACAGCUUGAGAAGCCUUAACUUCAGCAGCUGCAGCAUAAAUCAAAUUGAGCCGGAAGCUUUUGUCGGGUUGUCAAAAUUGGAGCAACUCGUUCUCUUCAAUAACAGCAUUAAUGAGGUCAAGUCUGAAUGGUUCAAAGAUCUUUACGGAUUGAAGGAACUCGUGUUGGAUGGUAAUUCAAUAACACAUAUACCGCAAAGUCUGUUUCAAUCACUUGGAAAUAUAGAAACUUUGAGUCUCAAUGGCAACAAAAUACAGUGCCUUUCCACCGAUUCAUUUUCGUUUCUAAAGAAACUCAAAAGAGUGAACAUUGAGGACAAUCCGUGGGUCUGUGACUGCCAGAAAGAGUUUAGAGCUUGGUUGGAUAAGAAACAAAUCGGGUACAAAAUGUCUACUGGAAAAUGUACGAAUGAAAAGAUCGAAAAAAAUCUGCAUCGAUCUGAAACGGAAUAUGAGAGCGGUGUAAAUAAGUCUGGAAGCGUGGUAACAGAAAUUAAAAAUCAAGAGGCCGAAACGACCCACGGCUCUGUGAUUCAGUCCAACGAAGGCUUCCCUACACACUUUGGAAACUAUCACGAAGAACAGAACGAAGAGAUCGCAAAAAACGAAGCUCAACACGAACAAAAUAAAAAAAUCACCAGUUAUGAACACUACCUCAAUAUAACAGAACGGCAACAGCAACAAUCAGAAUAUAAAAUGCAACAGCAGCAUUCACAGAAAACCAUGCAACAGCAACAAUCAGAAUAUAAAAUGCAACAGCAGCAUUCACAGCAAACCAUGCAACAGCAGCAGCAGCAGGAGCUAAUACAACCGCAAUCACAACAAACGGUACAAAUGCAAGAACAUCGCGAACAAAAUUGGAAAACACACAAUUGGGAAUAUAAACCACGUCCUCAGACUGGCUGCACUGCAUUAGGGACAAAUCUGGAUGGUGUUACAGAGGUAUCGCGAAAAGACUUUGGACCUCCGGGAGAUUGUCGAAUAGUAAAAUCGCGAUGGUCUUUUGUUAGAAGAUCGUACUUGUGUUCAGAUGCAACACUAUCGAAUUUGAGUAGGAUUCCUGAGCAGGCUGAAUCAAUAACAGUUCAGAACUCUGUGAUACCCCACUUGCUCGAUAAUACAUUUGCCCGCUUCGGAGGUAACCUCCGAGUUCUCGAGCUAAUAAAUUGCAGCAUCCAGCACAUAACACCUCGAGCUUUUGCGGGGCUGGUGAACUUGCAAGAACUUAAUCUCAACCUUAAUUACAUCACGGAGGUACGAACUUCCUGGUUUGAGGCCAUGCCUUCUUUAAGACGGCUCAGUUUGUCGUGCAAUCAUAUCCAACGAGUCGAAAACGGUGUGUUUUUCUUAUUGAAAAAACUCGAAUAUCUUGAGAUAAGAAAUAACCGACUGAAUUCAAUCGGAACCGAAUCAGUCUCGUCCAUGUCGAGCAUGCGCGUAAUGGCCAUCGAUAAUAAUCCGUGGUCCUGCCUCAACCUACAUAAGCUGGUCGAAUGGAUGGAUAGUCGUGACAUAUAUUACGACAAGAAUCGUUUGAAGCUAGGUUCACACUGGGAUUGUAUAGGAAGCAGUACUGUAUACUCACGUGACGGGAGCAACGUUACAACAGGUGGAAUCCCAGGAAGUACUUCCACGACUUCUCCAACACUUCCAUCACUUCCACCACCACCGCCCCAUCCGCUACGAUCCUAUCGAUGCACCUUCGACCUAAAUAGUCAGUACGGUAUCAACAGCCGUGAAUGCGUUGGUGGUGAUCUGCAUAUUCUGGAGGAAAUCCCGAGUAACGCUGAGAGAAUCAAGAUCACAAAUGCCAUGAUUCCACAAUUACCAGCUGACGCCUUUGCUCGAUUCACAAACUUAAGGGAGUUGCUGUUCUACAACUGUAGCAUUGAAGAUAUCGAUCAGUUCGCGUUCCGUGGAUUGCGUAAAUUGCAGCUGCUAACUUUAGUUGAUAACAGAAUACCGAUUGUCAGAUCGGCAUGGUUCUCUGAACUCAACGCAUUGACUAAACUUCAACUGGCGAGAAACUCCGUGACGGAAAUUGAGGCCGACACUUUCAGCCAUCUGAAAAAUCUGCAGGAACUUUCCCUGAAGGACAACAAGAUCGAUUGCAUCUACACAGAAUCGUUGAGUCCUUUGAAAAAUCUUAAGGUAGCGUCGUUUGAAGAGAAUCCGUGGAAAUGGGGAUGUCUGAAGGGAUUGGAAGACUUCGUUCAAAGACGUAACGUCAGUGCUACAAAGUUCGAUACUUAUCACGGUAGAGUUAUAAAUUGCGGCAUAUGUUACACAAAAGAAGGCACGGCAUCGCCUAUCACGAAUUCGAAAGGAACUACGAACACUUCGAUCUCGGCGGUCAAUGUGAUAUGCGUCUCCAUAGCUAUGCUUAUUUUCACCAAGUUCUAACGUCAGUCGACCAAAAUAAACCACCUUUUGCCGUGAGACUAAUAUUACACUUGCAAGCUAUGCGUCAAGGAUCGAAAUUUACAAAUUUAAUGCUCUUCAUCGUAUAGUUUUGCACGCAUACGUGAUAUAUUUGAUCUGAUAUGCGUAAAAAUAUCAACGUACGUGUUGUGAACGUAAGAUACCUACGUCUGAAAUUCCAGAUGAAAUAGCCUGGUAAUGAAAGUGUUAGUUUUAGCUGCUUUGAUACCGCAAAAAUUUAUAAGUGCUUCCUAGUUUUAUACUGAUUGAGGUUGUAUACAUUUUUUGAAUCUAUACUUCACAUGGUAUACCUACAUAUGUUUCGAGUAAGCAGCACUUGUCAUUUUUAAUAUUGACAAAUAUGUCAAUUGCGAUGAACAUGUUGUGACCAACGAAUCUAUCAGAUGAAUCGAUAGCACGAGCAAGUCAAGCGCGAUGUCAAUAUCGGAUCAAAUUUUUUUCAAAUGCACUUGACGGAUAGACAAGAAUUAUUAAUUUCGUACUCCCAUACAGUUUAUUGGCAAACGGCCCAUGUUAUUUUUAGAAAUUUCAACUCGAUGAGUAAAACAGUGCCAUAAUAAUUCGUUCAUAUUCCAAUACUUGAUAACGUUAUAUUAACCAAUAUUUAAAUUUUAUGUAUUUAAUUAGAUGUAUUUCAUCCGAUGCAACCGUAAAUAAUGAUGCAACGUAAUUUUAUUAAGCUAUUUACACACGAUGCGUACAAAUAAAAGACGUGACCACCUUGAACGAUAAGUGCCUUAAAAUAGCUAAACAGAUUUUUCAAUUUUUCAUGACGCAAAUCAAACAUAAAUCUACGUUAUAUACAUACCUGUGUAUAUAACACGUGUAUGAAUAACGAGUAUGUAUAAUAUACUUAAACGCUGGCUGUGUUCACACAUUGACUUAAUGAUCCCGUACAAAUAACUUUUUUCGUCAAAGUACGAAGCCAAAACAUGAAUCAAAAUACUUAUUUAUUGCCGAUAAUGAUUAAUUGUAGAAUUAAAAUAAGUAUAGUAACACGUUAGAAGGAAUAGCUCCUGUUUUAAAAUUAGUAAUACGUGUAACAAAGAUGUAUCUAAUCCCAAUGAAAAAUUUUACUUGUCAUCUAUGUACGAAGCAAUUUGGGGGGUAAGACUAUUAAAAUUCGAUUUUGCCCUUCUUAAGGACAGGUCUAAUAUAUAUAUUGCUUCGAAAAUGUUGUCUAAGAAUAUAUUCAUGUAUAAUAUAUAUUUUUUCUAAUUUAUAUAAUUUUGCAAGUUAUGUAUUUUUAAUAAUAAUUUUUCCCCGAUUGUUAAUAUAUUUUUGCUGCGCAGUGGAAGCACAUAAUAUAUCACUUUGAUAAAUAUUUGCUCUUUAGAGCUUGAACUCGAAAUAUAAUGAUUGAUGAAUACUUAUGCGUACAAUUAUUUCUUUAGUAAUAUAACAUCUCGUAGAAUGGAAAAAUAAAUACUUUUAUUACUUUUUA